AUUUAAUUGUUUAAUCUCACUCUUCUUGACGCUGGAUGUUCUUCCAAUUAAGCAUUCUAGGUUUGGGUUAGGGUUCCGCUUGUUUGCUCCGCUUCGACUCUCGAUCGUCGCACUGCAAGAUUUGCUGCGCCUCACCGAUCGAUCUUCGAGUUCGUUGAUUCGCUUCUGAAGCCGGAACGAUAAUGAACAGAUCAAGACCAAGCAGUGUAACAUUGCAAGACCUUGAGUUGAGACUUGGUUCUUCUGUGUUUAAAGGAGGAAUGCUAGCUUCCAAUUUUAACAGGGGUUGCCCUGAAAUUAUAUUGAUAGAGGACGAUGAUAAUGAUGACGAUGACAUGCAAAUAUACACUUCUGGACCUCCAGAUCAGUCAUUCAGGGCCUCGCAAUAUUCAAGUCAUUGGGAAUCUGUAAUUGAUGAAGAGGAUUUGGAGCUUCAUCUUGGCAUUAGAACUUCCAGGAAUUUGAACUCUAAUAGACAGGAUGCCAAAAUCCAAGACCCAAAUGCGCAGAAGUCCAGGAAGGUAUGACAGGCAUCUAGCAGCCACCACCCAUACGGUUACGACGAGGUAAAGUUGAGAUGUUCUAUAUGCAUGGACACAAUGAAGGAGGAGACAUCCACCACCUGUGGCCACAUUUUUUGCAACAGUUGCAUCACCAAUGCCAUCCAGGUGCAUCAUAGAUGCCCAACCUGCCGGUUUAGUCUUUCUCUGAACAGUAUUCAUCGAAUAUACCUACCAGGAGCAAGUUCCUAAUGCUGGCUGAGCAUCUUGACGUGAUUUAGCCUAUUGCUUUGGAUCGCUUGGAGACUACCAUCAUGAGCUCUUUGGGGAAUUUUUACUCCCUUUGUUUGCCUUGUAGGAGGGUUUUGUGCAUCAUGGAUUGGAAGCUGUAAUAAAAGGUAGUUGUGUACGCUAUGUUUAUGUUAAUGAGAAAGCCAUCUGGUUGGGUUGUGGUUUGUUCGAGCUCAAAACUGUAAUAAGAACAUUGAUAACUGAUUUAGAGUCUUAUAGGAUUGUUGAAUGGACAUCCUAAACUGUAUGUAAAUGAGCCAGGCUUGAUGAAUUAUUACUCUGGAAGACACUGUACUGCCAUAUGGUGUCUGGUCCUAUGUGAUGUUUGUCUGA